UGACACGUCUUCAAGAUUUUCUGGAUUUUUCAUGUUGGUAACAAUUGACACAAUUUGUAAAUGUAAGGUUAUGUGAGGUUAAGCGUGGGAGGUGCUCCAAUCCUCUGACAGUUGACAGCUGAUUAUUUUACAAUAGUUACAAGUAUUUUGAUUAAGUUUUCAACCGAAUCUGUUAAAUUUUUAAACACAAUUUUAAUUAAAUCAUGGAGACUCGUGAAGAAGACGAUCUUGAUGAACUUCAAUCAACAAAUUACACGUUCCCCGAAAGUGUUCAAAGUGUUAUAGAACAGGUUUUGCCAAGUAAUGAUCCGUUAGAUCAACCAAACUUCAAUGUCGUUGAUUACAUCAACACUUUAUUUCCAACAGAGCAAUCACUAUCAAAUAUUGAUGAUGUUGUGAAUGAAAUGGAAUUCAAAAUUUGUUCAAUAGAUAAAGAAAUUCGUUCUGUUGUUCGAGGACAAACAAAUGUUGGACAGGAUGGUAGAGCUGCUCUUGAUGAGGCUCAAAAGGUUAUAAAACAAUUAUUUAUUCAUAUAAAAGACAUAAAAAGUAAAGCAGAACAAUCUGAAGAAACUGUUAAAGAAAUUACUCGUGACAUUAAACAAUUAGACUCUGCUAAGAGAAAUCUUACAGCUUCUAUAACAGCAUUAAAUAAGCUAUAUGUUCUCGUUAGUGAAGUGGAUAGCCUAAGAACGUUAAUACAAUCAAAGCAGUAUGGAGAGAUUGUGUUAAAACUUCAAGUUAUCAUGGAAGUUAUGCAGUUUUUUAGCAAUUACAUGGAUAUACCUCAGAUUAAGCAGCUAUCUGACGAAGUUCGUCAAAUGGAGAUUCAAUUAGCUCAACAAAUUACUGCUGAUUUCAAAGAGGCAUUUUCUGGGCAAAAUCCUAAACAUUUUACACAAUUAACUGAAGGUUGUUUAGUUUUAUCGGUAUUAGAUCCUAAAGUGAAACGUGAUCUUCUAACUUGGUUCGUCAACAUUCAACUUCAAGAGUAUGCUCACUUAUUUGAUGAAAAUCAAGAUAUUGCUUGGUUAGAUAAAAUUGAUAAACGUUAUACCUGGAUUAAAAAACACUUAAUGGACUUUGAACAAAAAUUUGGUCCAAUUUUUCCAAUAGACUGGGAUGUUUCUGAAAGAAUAGCGGUUCAAUUUUGUCAUGUUACCCGAGAAGAUUUAGCCAAACUGAUGCAAAAAAGAAGAGUUGAAAUUGAUGUUAAACUUCUUCUUUACGCGAUUCAAAGAACUACUGGAUUUGAAAAUUUAUUAGCUAAAAGAUUUACUGGAAUUACUCUAGAAGGUUCAAAAUCACAUCAAUUAGCGAAAAAUACUUCGGUUCAUUCACUUACUGUUGAAGAAGAAUCUACGAAUCCAUUUGAAGAAGGGAAUAAUGAAAAAGUCGAACAUGAAAAGCCAACUUCUUCGCUAUUUGCUAAUUUAAUUGGCAGGUGUUUUGAACCUUAUUUAAAUAUUUACAUUGAAAGUUUAGAUCGUAAUCUCUCCGAAUUAAUGGACAAGUUUAUAUCUGAUUGCAAAACACAGCCACCUGGUUCUAAAGACUUUGACGGAGUUGAAGGACCCAGUAGUGUUUUAUCUUCUUGUGCUGAUCUUUUUGUAUUUUACAAAAAGUGUAUGAUUCAAUGUACACAAUUAAGUACUGGAACAAUCAUGCUUAAUUUAGCUGAAACUUUUCAAAAAUAUCUUCGUGAAUAUGCUCUCAAACUUUUACAAAAUAAUUUACCGAAAAUGGGAGGAAGCGUGAGUUUAGGAACUAGUAUGAGUAACAUAACACGAGACUUUCGUGAUCUUUCUACUGCUGGAUUGAUUCAAAACUUUCAGAGCUUCUUGAAAGAAGGAGAAAAUACAAGAUUUAAUAAAGAGGAGCAAUCGAGAAUUUGUUGUAUUCUAACUACUGCAGAAUAUUGUUUAGAAACAACUCAACAACUUGAAGAGAAGCUAAAAGAAAAAACAGAUAAAAUUUAUGCUGAAAAAAUUAAUCUCUCUCAAGAACAAGAUCUUUUUCAUAAUGUUAUUUCUAAUUGUAUUCAGUUAUUAGUUCAAGAUCUUGAAGCUGCUUGUGAUCCUGCAUUGACUGCCAUGAUAAAAGUUCAAUGGGGAGCCAUAGAAAGUGUUGGAGAUCAAAGUACUUAUAUAAGCACAAUAAUUUCACAUUUAAGGCAAACUAUUCCGACUAUUCGUGAUCGAUUAUCAUCUUGUAGAAAAUAUUUUACUCAAUUAUGUGUUAAAUUUGUUAGUUCAUUUAUACCUAAGCUUGUUCAACAGCUAUAUAAAUGUAAACCAUUAAGUGCAGUUGGUGCAGAACAACUUUUACUUGAUGUUCAUAUGCUUAAGACUGCUCUACUUGAUUUACCUUCUACUGGUUACCAAAUUACUCGUAAAGCUCCUGCUACAUAUACAAAAGUUGUUGUUAAAGGGAUGGCAAAAGCAGAAAUGAUUUUAAAAAUUGUGAUGUCAACCACUGAAUGUCCUAAGACAUUUGCAGAUCAAUGUAAAAGAUUAUUGCCAGAUCUUCAAAUGCCAGAAUUUCAGAAAAUUUUAGAUAUGAAAGGUUUAAGAAAACAAGAACAACAACAACUCAUUGAACAAUUUAAAGCAAGUUUAGGUUCUGAUGUUACAGUUGACAAUCAGAAUAUCUCGAGAGAAAGUUCUGAACAUGAAGCAGGUAAAAUAAAAAGAUUAGAGAAGUUAAUAAAAAAAAGAAUGUAAAUGAAUUUAUAUGAAACAAUCAUGACAAAUAAAAUAUUAAAUGAUUUAAUUAAUAAA